UGACGGUCGGGACAUGUGGAGAUGACCCGCUGCCUUCUCCUUCCGGUGAUCAAACACUCCUGUAAAAACAUUCUGCAGAAACCGUUAUUGUAACAUUACCUCCAGCAUGAUCUCUGCUGUCUUCAUUUCCUGAUGACAUGCUCACGUCAGGCCAUGAUGUAGACCCGUGACCAGGCACAUUCCGUUUCGGUUUGAGGCGGGAGCCAAUUCUGAAGAACUGCUCUGCACAGUCUGUCCCCCAAAACGUGUGCCCUCUCCUUUACAAUUGUUUACCGGCUAUGUUAGUGACAGACCUGUGGAGGAUCCGAGGCUGAACACAGAGGAGCAGCUGCAGAUAUCAGCCCGUUUACAGCGCGUCUGAUUCGGUAUGGACGCUCCUGCAGCAGCUCCUGCAGCAGCUCCUGCACGGAACACCGGUGACGGCUACCUAAAGUGCACCGGAGGCUUCAUCCCGCCGGAAUACCGGAUUGAGAUGGUACAACUCCUCAAACUCGCUGCUCCGGUGGUCCUUUCCCAGCUGAUGGUGUUCAUGAUCAGUAUCAUCAGCAUGGUGUUCUGUGGUCACCUGGGGAAAACUCAACUAGCAGGAGUAUCUUUGGCAGCUGUUGUGGUUAAUGUAACUGGUGUUUCCAUUGGCACUGGUUUGUCGUCCACUUGUGAUACUCUCAUAUCUCAGACGUAUGGGAGCGGAAACUUGAAGCGUGUGGGAGUGAUUCUCCAGAGGGGGGUUCUGAUUCUGCUGCUGGCCUGUUUCCCCUGCUGGGCUGUUCUCAUCAACACUGAAAAUCUCUUACUUGCUGCCAAACAGAGUCCAGAGGUUGCCAGUCUCUCCCAGCUGUAUGUGAAGAUCUUCAUGCCUGCUUUGCCGGCAACUUUUAUGUACCAGUUAGAAGGAAGGUAUCUUCAAAAUCAGGGAAUAAUGUGGCCUCAGGUCAUAACCGGAGUGAUUGGAAAUGUCCUCAAUGUAAUCAUCAACUACGUCUUCCUUUAUCCUCUGGAGCUGGGAGUCGCUGGAUCUGCUGCAGCUAAUGCAAUCUCACAGUAUUUGCUGGCUGUGUUCUUAUUCACUUACAUCUGGUGGAGGGGUCUGCAUAAGGCCACAUGGGGAGGCUGGUCACUGGACUGUCUGCAGGAGUGGGGACCCUUCGUCAAACUGGCCAUUCCCAGUAUGCUCAUGAUUUGUCUAUCAUGGUGGAUAUUUGAAGUCGGAGGAUUGCUAGCCGGUGUGAUCAGCGAGGUUGAGCUGGGAGCUCAGUCCAUAGCAUACCAGCUGUGCAUUACAGCUUACAUGUUCCCACUAGGAUUUUCCGUGGCUGCCAGUGUACGAGUUGGGAAUGCUCUGGGAGCAGGAAACACAGAGCAGGCUAAGCUUUCUUGCAAAGUCCCCAUCAUUUGUGCAUUCAUCAUUGCAUGCUUUGUUGGAGCCAGUCUCAGCAGUGCCAGAUAUGUCAUUGGAUACAUUUUCACAUCAGAGCAAGACAUCAUUCGGAGAGUUGCUGAUGUCAUGCUCAUAUUCGGUUUAAUGCAUGUUUGCGAUGCCACUGCGGGUGUGGCUGCAGGCGUUCUCAGGGGAGCAGGGAAACAACUGGUUGGUGCUCUUUGUAACCUGGUGGGGUUCUAUUUCAUCGGCUUCCCUAUAGGUGUGUCCCUGAUGUUUGCAGCAAAUAUGGGAAUUGUAGGACUAUGGACAGGACUCACCAUUGGCGUGUCCCUGCAGGCGAUUGUUUUUAUCACAUUCUUGUGCAAACUUGAUUGGAAAAAUGCUGCUGAAGAGGCUCUUGUGAGAGCAGGAGUGGAGAUCAGAAAAGAAAAGGAGAUGGUUGAGUUGGAAGGCACUGACUCCAGUCAAAACCAGGCACAAGUCAGUACGACUCUUUCCAGAUCUGUGAGUGCUGAGGAGGAUGACGCAGACCUGGAAGUGCAUGAUUCAGGCCAGAGUCCUCUACAGUUCACAACCACUACAGUGGGAGACCCUCUGUCAUUAAAGCAGCUGGUUUUACGGCGUGGCCUGGCACUGCUAAUCAUGAUUGUGAUCCUCACCGCUGGAAUUGUGACCAGCAGCAAGCUGGUGAAAGUGUUCAAAUGAGUCUCCCUAAAAACUCAGAAAUCAUUUUCAAUGUUAACAUUUAGUGUCAAAGGGCUGCUUGUCACUUUGAUUCCACUGAGAGUCAGCUCACUAGUCUGCAGCUCUGUGCCUUUUCCAGCCUCUCAUUCAGAGGCAUAAGCUUGUUGGUCUGUGUAGCAACGGCUGUCAGCAACACUCUCAUAUUCCCACUUUCUGCUGCAAUGUGACUUGUGAUGAGUCCAAGAGCCAAAGACAACUAUUUAUUUUUCCACACUAACAGACCAAACCAGGGAAAUAACAAAAGCAAAAAACUUGAUCAGUUUGUGUAGUGCCAGCCUGUUUUCACUCCUAAGUCGUUAAAUACAGCCACUUUUGCAGUGCUUUUUGUGUAAGAUCCCAACACCAAAAGCCACCUUUUGCGUCCGUAUGAUAUGCCGCUGGAUUGCGUUAGUUGAGAAUGUGGCCCAACAGAACCAUAUGCAGUGUUAUAAUACGCCACCAGGUGGCUGGAUGCCACAACAGCAUGAUAUGUGAACAGGUGUGGUCAGUUGAGAACACGGCUGGAUGGAACCCGUCGUGUUCACAUAAUAUGCAGCUAGAUGGCAUCAGGUUGAAAUGCUGCAAGUAACGAUGCAAUAUAAUGAGCACAAUAGUCCCUGUAGGGCAGGUAGGAGGGGCUGUGGAUGGGUCCAACAAACGCCAGACUUUCAUGCAGGAGUCCAGUGUUUGUUUCCCGUGAUGUUUUUUUUUCUACGCCUUACCAUGUGCAUCUUUUUCCUAAUCCUAACCAUCUUUUCCAGCAUGUGCGUUUGUUGAUGUCCCUGCAUUGGUUGUAAUGUACUUUUGUUGUCUAAAAUAACCACAUGCAGAGUCAAGACUAUGAGUCAGCAUUGCUCCUGCGCUGCUUGUAUGUGUCCCCUUUUCCCCUUAAGGAGAUCAGAAAAGUACUCUUUGUGUUUAUUACUGAAUACACACCAUGGUGGUGAGGAAUAGUUCAUACUCGUAUUAAAAAUCACAGUAACGGCAUCAUUUAACGUCAACAGCAGACACAGAAGGGUACCUAGAGUGUUAUAUGUAGACGUGGAGGUUCACUGCAAAGCCGCAAUAUGUGACAUCUUGAGAUGUGAAAGUGAUGAAAGGUCAAUGGGCACUUUAAUAUCAUAACAUUCUUCACUUUUCUGGCCAUUAUUCAGAGGCAUAACUCAGGAACAGUAGGAGAGACAUUUGGUCAAAUACUGAAUUGGUGACACUAAUCUUGGGUAAUCACCUUGAAACUAUGUUGAUUGUAUAGAUUUUUGCUGCAUAUGUGUGUGAAGCAUUUUUAAAAUUUAUGCAGUGUGAUCCCUAUUUGAAGCAUUGCCUGUUGCUGUGGCCACAUAUAGUAUGUCUGUGCACAUAUGGAUGUAAAAUGUAACUUGAUUAUUUAGUUGACUAGUUAACUAUAGUUUUAGAGAUAGAAGAGAUUCACCUUGUAGUUCAAAUCAGACCAAAAUGUGUGGAGUUCCUCAGGGAUCAAUCUUUGAACCACUCUUAUUUAAUGUGCAUAUCAUACAUAUUUGUCCUGUUGUUGUAUUUUGCAUAG